GCCAUAGGUCAGCUUUCAAGCCAUGCGAAGGUGUAAUAGAAUGUUCACAUUUUCACCCCCAUGCUUUAUAUUUCUCAUUUUCUGAGCGGCUAAAAACCCUAGCUCAAACCCUUCUUCCACCAGCUUCCGCCAAGCAUUAUUCCAAACACAUUUCUAGUCCUCCUUUCUUCUUGCCGUCGAUUUUAGCCUGUAAUCUGUUCUUUCCGUGCAUUUACGCUUCACAUCGCCGUUUCCCUGCAGUUGCGUGAAUAACGCUAACGAUGUCGGACGACGAGAGAGAGGAGAAGGAGUUGGAUCUCACCAGUCCCGAGGUUGUCACCAAGUACAAGAGCGCAGCCGAAAUCGUAAACAAGGCCGUGCAACUGGUUUUGUCCCAUUGCAAGCCGAAAGCCAGGAUUGUUGAUCUGUGUGAAAAGGCUGAUGCAUUCAUUAGAGAGCAAACUGGAAAUAUGUAUAAGAAUGUGAAGAAGAAGAUUGAGAGGGGUGUUGCAUUUCCCACCUGCAUUUCAGUUAACAAUACUGUUUGCCACUACUCUCCUUUGUCUUCUGAUGAGACUGUGUUGGAAGAUGGUGAUAUGUUGAAAAUUGAUAUGGGGUGUCACAUAGAUGGUUUUAUAGCAGUGGUUGCACACACCCAUGUGCUUCAGGAUGGGCCAGUUACUGGCAGAUCUGCUGAUGUAAUUGCUGCAGCAAAUACCGCUGCUGAAGUUGCUCUGAGGCUUGUGAGGCCUGGAAGGAAGAAUUCUGAUGUAACGGAAGCCAUUCAAAAGGUAGCUGCAGCUUAUGAUUGCAAAAUUGUUGAGGGAGUUUUGAGCCAUCAAAUGAAACAGUUUGUUAUUGAUGGAAACAAAGUCGUGCUAAGUGUGUCUAACCCUGAUAGUAGAGUUGAUGAAGCAGAAUUUGAAGAAAAUGAGGUGUAUUCCAUUGAUAUUGUGACAAGCACCGGUGAAGGAAAGCCAAAACUGUUGGAUGAAAAACAAACAACUAUAUAUAAGAGAGCUGUCGACAAAAACUAUAGCUUGAAGAUGAAAGCAUCACGUUUCAUUUUUAGUGAAAUCAGUCAGAAGUUCCCAAUUAUGCCCUUCACAGCAAGGGAUUUGGAAGAGAAGAGAGCCCGUCUUGGGCUGGUUGAAUGUGUUAACCAUGAUCUUCUACAGCCAUAUCCUGUUCUCCAUGAAAAGCCUGGUGAUUUUGUUGCACAUAUAAAGUUCACAGUUUUGUUAAUGCCAAAUGGAUCUGAUAGGAUAACGUCACAUCCACUCCAAGAUCUGAACACAACAAAGACAAUUGACAAUGAACCAGAGAUCAAGGCAUGGCUAGCCCUUCCUACAAAGACCAAGAAGAAAGGCGGGGGGAAGAAAAAGAAAGCUAAGAAAGGAGAGAAGGCAGAAGAGUCCAAAACUGAGCCAAUUGAGGAAGAUGCAAAUGGAACUGAUUCUUAGAGAGUUCUUUCAUCUUACGAGUUUCCUUGUUCUGGUCUCUUCCAGGAAGAUGCUUUGGUUCUUCAAUCUUUGCACUGUGACAUGUUGAGAUGAUCCACCCUUCCUUCUUACCCUUGUGCCCCUUUGUCAUAUAAAGCAACUGCACAUGUUUUCGUCCAACACAAGUUAGACUUUGGAAUGCUUUAUUUCUCUGUUGGUUCUAUGCAAUGCUUUACAAGUUUUGAAGACAUCACUUUGAGCCAAUAAUUUAUUUUAUGGUUCUUGGAUUGGAUAUGAAUGUUACAUGGACCAUUGCACUAAUACUAACACAAAUAAACUUGUUAAAAUCACUUAGUGAUGAUUA